ACUGAGGAGAAGCCGCCGCCGCCGCCGGGAGCGAACGGCAGCGCUGGGGUCAGCGCGGGGUCAGACCCGGGGAGGUGCACGCGUAGUGGGCAGCCCGCUGCAAACAUCACACCGCUCGCCGCUGCAACUCUCACAUUCACGGGAGGCGGCAAGAUGUCUAAGUCGGCAGCGAAAGAGAAGAAAUCAUUCAGCAAGAAACUUUUCAGGCGGGGCUCGGCGCGCUCGGUCGGGAGUUUCAUGAGCCGGGUGUUGAAGACUCUCACCACCCUUUCGCACUUCGGCACCGAGGAGUCAGCCGAAGAUGAAAAGGACGACGGCGGCUUCAAGAACUUCCGAACGGCGGGGGCCGGCGCGGCCAUGGGCAUGGGGAUCGGAUUGGGACCCGGGGUCGGGGUUGUCACCUCGGCCUCAUCCAUUAUCAUGAUGAUGAGCGGCGUCAACCACCAUGCCAUUGCAGGUCGCAGCGACUCGUCCGACAGUUGCUUUUCGCCGGCUCCUGGGGAUCGCUGGCAGCCACCGGGAGUGUCCGGCCUCAAAAACCACGGCAACACCUGCUUCAUGAACGCCGUGUUGCAAUGCCUGAGCAACACCGAACUCUUCGCCGAGUUUCUCGCCCUGGAACAGUUUCGGGACUUGGCGGUUAGCGGCCCGGACUCUCCCAAGCCAGGGGACUCCCGGGGUCGGGAGCUGGAGGACGAACAGCUAGAGCAAGAUAAGACCUCCAAAUCGAAUGGAGUUUUAUACCGAUCCAGAUGCCAGUCAGACUCCCGUGGAGAAGUUACCGAACAGCUCGCUUCCUUGGUCCGAGCCCUGUGGACUUCGGAGUACACCCCGCAACUGAGCCGGGAGUUUAAGAAUGUUGUAUCCAAGAAUGCUUUCCAGUAUCGUGGCAAUUCACAACAUGAUGCUCAAGAGUUCCUCCUAUGGCUUCUUGACAGAGUCCAUGAAGACCUGAACAAUCUUGUUUUACCAAAUGGGAGGCCUCCUGCCAAGCCUCCGUUAACCGAGGAUGGGUUGUGUGAAGGGCCAGCUCUCCCAGCAAGGAGCAGCUUUAUACAGGAGCUCUUUCAAGCACAGUAUAGGUCUUCGUUGACAUGUCCCCAUUGUCAAAAACAGAGCAACACCUUUGACCCAUUUCUCUGCAUCUCUCUGCCUAUCCCUCCCCUUCAGACCCGGCCUUUGAAUAUCACCGUGGUUUACGAAGGGAAAUGUUCACAUUGCAUGAGAAUAGGAGUAGCUGUUCCAUUGUCGGGUACAGUGAUCAAACUUCGCGAGGCAGUUUCACAAGAAACUAAAAUCCCCACAGAUCAGAUUGUACUAACGGAAAUCUAUUUUGAUGGAUUCCAUCGUACCUUCAGUGAUGGUGAUGCUUUGGACACUAUUCAUGAAAAUGACAGCAUUUACGCGUUCGAGACACCUGAUGUUUAUAUUGGCCAAAAAGCGAUGCUUACAAACCUAAAUCAGAACAAUGUCCAAUUCAGCACUUGUCACAGGUCUACUGUCUACUCUCAUGGAGGGAUGAAACAGAUCAAACUAGAGCGAGUGUACAAUAAGGGUUUAGGGUAUGAGAAAUCACUGCUGCUGGUGUGCAAUGCGUGCUUUACUGGGCAACAGGGUAAAAGGUUUGGUCAUCCCUUUGUGCUCUGCUUAGAUCAUAAAAUAACAUGGGAAGGACUGCAAAAAGCCAUUUUGGAUAAGAUGCGGCAUCUCUUCAGGCCAGGGAUGUUCACAGAGGUUGCACCCUUUAGUCUACGAGUGUUCGGAGGUGCUGUGGGGGAGUGCUACCUUUCACCCCAGGAAGAUUAUCCCCUGUGCCAAUUGGCAGCAGAAAGAGCGUGGAAUUCCUGCCGACCUGGUGGACCCCAGCACGUUAAGGUCAUUGUGGAAUGGGACAGAGACACAAAAGAGUACUUGUUUGCGAGUGCUGAGGACGAGUAUGUGCCAGAUUCUGAAAGUGUUCGCCAACAGCAGCAGCUUCACCACCAGCCGCAGACGUACACCUUAUCUCAGUGCUUUCAUCUCUACACCAAAGAAGAACAGCUAGCACCAGAUGAUGCCUGGCGCUGCCCGCACUGUAAGCAGCUCCAGCAGGGCAGUAUCAAGCUGAGUUUAUGGACACUUCCUGAUGUGCUUAUCAUCCAUUUGAAACGCUUUAAACAGGAGGGGGAUAAAAGGACGAAGCUGCAGAACCUGGUGAAGUUCCCUCUCACCGGCCUGGACAUGACACCUCAUGUGGUGAAACGCAGUCAGAGCAGCUGGAGCCUCCCUUCUCACUGGUCACCGUGGAGACGGCCCUAUGGACUCGGCAGGGAUCCCGAAGACUACCUCUAUGAUCUGUAUGCAGUGUGCAAUCACCACGGCACCAUGCAUGGAGGCCAUUACACUGCUUACUGCAAGAACUCAGUGGAUGGACUCUGGUACUGUUUUGAUGACAGUGAAGUUCAGCAGCUCUUGGAUGAAGAUGUCUGCAAGCAGACUGCCUACAUCCUGUUCUACCAGCGGCGAAGCACUAUCCCUUCCUGGUCAGCAAACAGUUCUUUAGCAGGUUCUACCAGUUCAUCUCUCUGCGAGCAUUGGGUGAAUCGGCUCACAGGCAGCAAGCAACCUAGCAUCACAUCCACGGCAUCUUCUCGCCGGACAUCUCUCGUCUCGCUUUCUGAAUCUGUGGAGUUUACGCAGGAUCGCAGCGAUCAGGAUGACGGUGGCUUUUCUACUCGCCCUUUUGUGAGGAGCGUCCAACGCCAGAGCCUGUCAUCCAGAUCCUCAUUUGCGAGCCCCUUGGCACUCAAUGAGAACGGAGUUAAAUCUCAGAGGACAUUAUCAAGUAAACUGCACAUGCGGUCCAACUCUCCAUCACCGUUCUCCUUUGAGUCACCCACUCACAGCCCGUCUCCAACAUCAGAUCUACGGGGUCACAAGAGCCCCAACAUGGGCACUCCCCCACUUCAAGGUCAGGGGGAAACCUCUGCCGGAGUCUCUGGAAGGGCACCCCUUGCUGUCAUGGAAGGUGCGGUCCGAGAGGAAGAGGUGGGAGGUGUGGGGAAACCAGCUGGACAGAGAUCUGCUUUACCCCUCAAUAAAGUACUUGACUCGGGAGGCAUGGACAAGCUGAAUCCUUUGGAUGAUGCUGCUGCGGACAAGAAAAGCACACCAAAUUUGAGCAGCCCUCGGGUUGCUAACACAAGUGCUGCAUCUUUGGGUGAAGAGCAAAAGCAAAGGCAAGGCGUGAUGGGAGCAGCUAAUAUAGAGAGUCCACAGAGGAAGUCUGGUUCCAGAGUGCCUCCUGAACAGGCUAAAGGAUCUUUAGCCAAACCUCAACUAACUCUGUCUUCAUCUCUCAAGAACCCCCUGAAGGCUUCUAUCACACACGAAAAGGGUGAAACGAAAGCCGGAACCCGGCGCUCUACAUCAGGCACGGUUCUCCGAAAGGAGGUGGAUAAAAAUCAACAGCUGACGGGUUUAUCUGCCUCUCAACAGAAACCGAAGAUACCCCCGACUUCCCCACAGUCGCCUUCGCCAACACGUAAAAAAGUACUAGGAAGGUCCAAGACUGCCGAGGGCCACUCGAAACGCAGUCCAUCUCCCGAAAAACGCAAGUUGACAUCUUCCAAAGCCAACAGCACAGGCAAGUUGGCGCACGCUAAGUCAGGGAGCCGAUUGGAGAACAGGAGACUGAGGAAUUCGAGUAGCAGCUCCUCCGUGACAGAAGCAAAGUCCUCGGACACUAACUCGAGAACUGACUUGAGAAGAGACAGCAGCAGGUCCGACGACAAAGGCCUGUCGUUCUUUCGGGCUGCACUGAGGCAGAAAGAGAGCCGGAGGUCGGCCGAUCUGGGGAAGAGCAACAUUCUUGCCAAGAAGACAGCAGAUGGACCUUCCAGGGUGGCAAGCAAAAAAAUCUUGAGCGAAGGUCCAUCCAAGGAGGGCAGGCGGUUGACGAGCGAACAGCCCCCUACUGCCUCAGCCUCUGCUCUGGCGCUGACUGGUAAAACCACGCCACGAGGGAAGCUAUCGAGCAGGGAAGCCACCCCCACCAAGUAUCCAUUACUUCCUGCUGCCAAAUCCAAGUCAUCCUCGCCAGAUGUAGGAACUCAAUCUCCAUCAGUCAGAAAGAAGCCCGGAGAAAAGACAUUUAAAUCCAGAAAGAUUGUUACUAGCAGCAUGCAGUCAUCUGCCCGUCAUAACAAAAAAUAAUGUGAAAAUCAAAUCAGAAGGAAAAACACUUCUCCAAAAUUGCUAGUCUGGCGUUGUUUCUGCAACACUUUAUUUUCUCUAUGCCUCCCUCUUGCUUUUCCUCCCCUAACCCUAAUUUUUAAACAAGCUUAAUCUUGGAGGAAGAUUUUGUUUUGCAUUUAAUGUGCCUACAUUGGUGACAAAAGCUAUUGAUUUAAGCACCUUUUGUUGUGCCAUCAAACCAAAUGAUUACCACAUGACAUAGGCGUGUGGUGUGAGGAUCAUGCAGCUUGCUCAUCAUUGCCAUCCUCCUCCUUCCCACCAAUUCUGGAGAUUUCCCUUCUUUGGUGGGUUUUAAUGCAGCACUUUGUAUUGACCUUCAGACUUGCUUUUGUUGCAGAAUAACACUGUGUACUGUUCAAUGAAUGAUUUGAUUUUUAUUUUUUUUUAUAAAUGUUCUUUUUAAAUCUAAUAACUGCUGCACGCUCUGAAGAAGCCACCGAGUUAAAUAAUCAAUUUCUUUUUCUCCAAUAGCAUUUGUUUGCUUAAUGCCAUGUUAACACCUUGCUGUCCAUUCACAGUACUGUUCAACAGCAAGUCUCAGGUUAACAUGCAAGGAAUAAAUGGGAGCAAUAACAAUUUCAAUUGGAAUAUGCCCACUUUCUGAAACAAUGACAGGCCCCAUGUGCUAGCAACCUUUUUUGCUGCAGAAGGAAAAGUGAUUGAGAUGGAAUGUAACAAUAUGCAAUGCUCCUAUCAUAGUUCUUUUGUUGUUUGGUUCAAUCCCAAAUCAGUAUAUCACAUGCGGUUUAUUGGUUACAAACAGCUUGAAUGACAUCUGAUUCAUGAGUUGGAUUUUAACAACACUUGUGGUUUCUGAUACCAUGAGCUGAAAAUGUGGAUCUCCAGGUUAUCCAAAGGCUUGAAAACCUUGCAAAGAUCCUUCAGUCUUGGUUCAAGUGUUAUAACUGGUCUAAGACUGAUCUCCCAGAUUGCCACCGUUUUAUUGCUUGAAAUGAAACGAUGACACCUGGUUGCAGAGUUCUCACUCUGCUAUAAUAAUUCAGUACUUGGAAAAAGAGUUCAGCUGAAUUGCUGUUUGACCAGAAGCGCACGCUGACCCGUACACCCAAGACUGGGAAGGUAUUUGUGGACACACUACGCUUAUUGUAGAUCCAUUUAAAAGACGGCUGUUCCUGGUUGCCAAGCAACAAAGAUAAUCAGAAAAGUUUCCAUAUGCUUAUUAAUCCAAUGAUAUCACAGCUGACCAGCUGACCCAGGUCAAUAAUUAACUGCUCGUUCAGUCUCAAUUAUCAAAAAUUGGCUUAAAAAAAAAAUUAAGCCCCAGUUUACAUUUUGAGACGAGGCACGAUUUUAUUUUAAGUUCAGUAUCUAAUCACAUUGAUUCGUUUGCACUGUGGCCAGUUGGUUAAUUGUGCCUGUGCUCACUCUUUUAAAGAAAUGUCCAAUUGUUUGAACUCUCCAGUUAUUUCUUCAUGGCCCUGCAGGCUUGUCUUUUAAAAAAAAAACAUUUUUCCAAUUCUCUUUUAAAAGUUCCAAAUGAACAUGCAUUCCAGAUUUUUCUUAAUCCGUCAUCAUCUGGUUUUCCAAUGUAAUAAUACAAACACAUGAGAUGCAGCCUGCCAAUAAUUAGUGUUUGCCAAUUACCUUUGUGGUAUAAUUUAUCAUGGACUUUACCCACAAGUGAAAUUCUUCCACACUCAUGUACAGUAACUUUUGUCAUAGACUCUGGUCAUACAUUGAAUUACCUUCCAUAUCUCAGGGACAAAUUUAUAUAUAAAUAUUCAGUGAUUCAGUCCCUGAUUUGAUCCAUUAACGCUUUCUGAUCAAUGCCAAUUCAGUCUCUUGGAAUGUAAGCAGAGUUGUUAUUUACAAGAAGCACAAAAAUAGUUUCUUGAUUACAAACUUCACUAUUUGGGUAUAUGCCCAUUUUCCUAGCUUAGUGUGAACAAGCUUCUGCUUCUUUUAGUCUGGGCUUGCGUGUUUUAGUAACAUUCUGCUCCUCUCAAAUUGGUGGGGAACAGGAGUUGCUUGUGCACAAUACUUCUCUAUACUAGUUCCCAACAAAAUGAAAAUACAUUUUUGUUUUGCUAUGUUGCACAGCUGCAGACAUCCUCAAGAAACUUGAAUCUGGCUGGCGUUCCAAGCUUACAACAAAACAAACAUCUUUGUAGCUUUUCCGAACCAUUUCUCCUAUUUAUUGUGAGUGCCUGCGGAGCUGUCCCAAUGUGAAGUGCACCAUCUGACGUACAACUGAGCCAAGGAGCAUGUAAAGAUCCCGUUCUCCACCAUGAACUGUGUGUUUGCCGAGUUAUCUAGUCCCAACUGGCAUAAUGGAAAAGGUGCUUCACUUAACAUCAUUGCCUCGUGAGUAGGGAAAGGUAGAAUAGGAGCGGAGGGAGUGAAAAUCUACUUGGAAUAGUGAGAUGGUGAAAGGUGCUGUUCACUGCUAGGGCCACUGGAGGGAUAUGUUCACGGGUAUAAUAAUAGUGCAGGUGUUGACACUUUGCUGAAUCUCCAAGCCUCCAGUCACACUUUUACUCUUGUGUAAAUGGGGCUUCCCAGUUAUGCACAAAAUAAAAAUGCUGUUCUUCCCCUUGUUCAUCUUUCUGUCUGCAUGCACUUAACGCAAUGUAUUACUAUGCAAGUGCUAGGGCAUUGGUUGCACUGAGGUUCUUUGUAGUAUGGUUAUUUGUUUUGAUGUUGCAUUCAAUAUUGAGUCGUGCGGUCCUGUAUUUGAGGAUGGUAGCCUGGCUGAUCUCAUUGUUUGCACAACUUGAUUCACCUUUCCAGACUGAUGUGUGUGAUCAGUACGAGCGAUUGUGAAAUAAUUUAAAUGAGCAGAAUCAUGUAAUUGGAUGCGGUAGUCAAGUAGAUAUAAACCUGACAUUCACUACUUUGUUAAUAAUGGCUGUACAAAACAACAAUUUGGUAAAAGGUCAAAUUAUUCUGUGCUGACAUUUUUUUUGCUGAGAACUAUAUUGUAAGGACUCGUUUCUUUCCUACUUUGUCUUUCCCAUGAUUUUUGGAAGUAAUUUUUGUUUGAUUUUAAUGAAGCCCCAUCAUUUUCAAUGUUUCUAAUAAGAUUUAUAAACAUGUGAAAGGUGAUGAUAAUUUAAUCACUUAAAUGUAUACAUACACAUAUAAAAGUAGUCCAAGCUACCUGAGGAGCAUAUGCUGCAUCAAAGGAGCAUGGCAUCCCAGUCCCAAUGUGUGGAGCCUGCUCCUGGUCUACUAAUAAAUUUGUAACGUAACUGCUGUUGCUUGCAUAGAAGAUAGCUUGCAGGGAUAGAAGUAGCUACAUCAGGCCAAAUGCACCGUUGUUGACAAUGUGAGAUCAUUGCAGCGAGGUGCAAUAUCUUAACUAGUGUUUAUUUCUGGACUGAGUGGUUUAGUGGUUUGGGUAUACUGAUGCCCUGCUAUCUAUAGCAAUGGGAUUACACAGAUAUUAAGUUAAUGGUGGAACUACACAAAAUUCUUUCUAAUGAUACCCAGCAGGUUCAAUGUGCUAAAAUUACAUUUCACAAGAUGGUUGACAGCCUGUUGGUUGUGUAAAUGGAGCUAUUAAAUCAUGUUUCCGAGUUAGAAAGUGAUGAGGACUAACUGCGUGUCGUCAAUGACUUUGAAAUAAGAUUUAUGAAACCACUUGUGCAUUUACCACUUCUUAAUUAUUGAAAUCCCCAUUCCAGGAAGUAGCUGCCUAUGCCUAAUCCCCUACAGUACCACAUGAAAUGCAAUUCCUGGACUUGCUGGUUCAUAAAUCUAGGCCACUACACUUGUAUAUAACUCUACUAAAAUAGUUACACUGGCUCCUUGCUGCUUGAUUUGUAGCUCCCAGACUUUGAUGUGAAUGUACUUUGAUCAGUAAGGAUUGGGAGUUUUUAAAUCUUUAACCAGGAGCUGACCUGCAUAUUUUUCAUGGUUUGCAGAUUGAAUCUAGUUUUUCCAUUUUUGUUAAUCUGGUAUUUGGCUACCAGAGUUAGGCCCACUUAAUUUCCAUUGUCAUUUAAUUUCACUGUACACUGGAAUAAAGAACAAAGAGGGACCACAUAGCCCAUUUCACCAGAUAGCACACCAAGUCCUGGAAACGGAACGCGGAAGUUAAUUGGCAUUGGAAUGAAAUAGAGAUUGAGUUCUCUAUGAGCCAUUGAUCCUUUGUCGUGAAUGACAUUAAUGAUUUAGUUUGUGUCUGAAACAUUGAGUAGCAUUAUUCUCCUCAAUGGCACAUUCUGGCCUGCUGAGUCUCUGCAACAUUCUCUCUAUCUCUUCCCACCUCGGGAUUUCAGUAAAACAUACCAAAUGUUGGUACCUUGCUGGGGGAGAAAAUUAGCUGUCUCUUUCCAGCUGAUGGUUGGUCCUUGUUUGUCCUUGGUGAGGAGGAGUUUGGGCCACCCACCCUGUGACACUCCACGUACACAGCUUAAAAACAAAAUAGAGAUUUAUGAACAAUUGGGCCAGUCCCUGACCCCUGUAUAGUGUGACUUUCUCCUUGUACAUCAGGACAGCUACUCUGUGUUCCUGAAACCGUUUUAAGUUAUUUUGGGCCGGUGCAUGAGAAUGUGUUACUGCCUUUCAAUAAUUUAUUUGUAUGUUUUAUUAACAGGAGGUGUAUGCACUUUUUUAUUAGCAGAAUCUGUAUUUUCUAUGUUUUAAAAGAAUGUUUCUUUGAGAACCGUUUGUACAAAGUCCAUGUUAGUCAGAACAACUGUACGAGGAGCAGGAAUUACAAAAAUAAAAAAUCCAAUAUAUAUGA